GCACAGGGAUAUACAUUGUGAUCACUUCCUGUUGUCAAAAUGGGAAAGUUUCCCUGUUGCCAUGGUGACCUAUUUCAAACGCAGCAGCUGUGCUUCAGCAAGCGAGAGAGAACAACUUUAUUAGCAGGUGGAUUAUGCCCGGAUUACAGCUUUCUGUUCCCUACAUUAGUCGCUGGAAAGAAGAGGAAAAGGAAAAAGGGAAGCAUCAAAAACAACCCGGAGGAAAAACCUGGAUCAAUCAGGAUAUGAACUGCGAAAGGAGCAGAACUUAUUGAACGCCUGUUGUUGCCAUGGCAGCAGGGGCCAUAUUAGCUCCUCUUAUCAUCCCCAUCACUCAUCCUCUGACUCGAAAAUCCAAGAACCACAUCGAUACCAAAACACCCAUCUCCAUUCAGUCAGAUUCUGCAGGUGUGCUGAUCUUCUUUACCUUGGAUGGUUCUAAGCCAGUGGCAGGACAGCGUGGGUCAGAUGGCAGCAGCAGGAAGUAUACAGAUCCCAUCCUGCUUCCUGCCGGUCAGGUGACUGUCAGAGCCAUGGCUGUUACAAGGGAUGGCAGAGAGAGCUCAGUGGUCACCAAGGGCUUUUCUGUGGAUCAGGUGGAAACAGGCAUCUCAGAUGAUAGCAGGGAUGGUCUGCAGAAAAAAACGCAGCAACAGCCUAUAGGAACUUUGGGUUCUAUUGAGCACUUUGCUGGUUCUGCUCAAAGACCUGCAGGUCCUUGCUUUCUAAACGGACGCUUUGGCUCCAGAGGCUCCAAGAUCAAAGCUACUGCCCUCUUGAUGGGUUCUUCCCGGCGCUCCCGAUCUGCGGAUUCACGACAUCAGGAGCAGCUGAGCAAAACGCAGUGGUCCGAAGUUCAGAGGGACAAAGACUUCCCGUGGUGUCCUCGGUGUCUCAGUGCCCGUCCUCCAGACCCGUUUGCCCGGUUCUGUCCUCAGUGUGGUUCUGUGAUUCCGCCAGUAACUGCCCCCAAGCCGUCCCCCGCUGAGACGGGACAGGUGAUGCAACCGUCCACCAUACUGCUGAGGGAAGCUGCAGAAUCUCUAAGUAAAUGUGUGUGGUCUGGUCAGAUGCUGCGGUGCGCUUCCUGCCAAUCUCUGGUUCCCGUUAAUACUCAGACCUGUUUGAUCUGCGAGACGUCCACAGAUAGAUCCCAGCAGCCAUUGCUCAGUCUGCAGGGUCAUGCGUUGUGUCCUUCCUGUGGAAGUUGGAAUCCAGCUAAGCUUUCCAGCUGUGUGACCUGUGAGAGUCGUCUGCAGCCGGUUAAUCAAGGCCACAACAGCGCCCCCUCUCGCCAGGCGGCAGAUGACAGGAUGUUUUCCUGCUCCAGAUGUGAGCGUUUAAACCGUGGUGACGCCAGAUUCUGUGACUGGUGCGGCAUAAAGCUCCGUAACACCAUCAGCUGUGUGUCGUGUUGGCAAUGCGGAGCAAGCGCGCAUCCCGGUGCUCUCUUCUGCACUUCCUGUGGCGUGUUCCUGGAUCAACAUUCCCCAUCCAAACCAUGCAAUGACACUACACCAACUGCAGAGGUCACCACCUACAGCCAGGUUUCAGCUCUGACCCAAAAUGAUGCAGCCCAGAAGGCCAUGCCCCCAUCAAUCUCCGCCCCCAGGUUGAAAGUUGGCCCUCCCUCUGUGGAUCAGGCUACACAGACUGUAGGACUCUACUUCCCCUCAUCCAUGGCACUACAGAAGAAGGAACAGCAGAGGGCAAUACAACAUACUCAAGAGCUGGCGAACCGAGACCGCCGACCGCCGCUCACUGCCAUUAGCCCUGGUCGAGGUUACUGGAGGAAGCAGUUGGACCAUGUGUGUGCUCACCUGAGAAGUUACACCCAGAACCAUUCCUCCUUCAGGACUCUGCUGGCAGAACCACGUCUGGGACAGAUGAUCUCAGCUGUGAUUCAGGAGGAUCAGCAGGAAGUCAUUCUGACCUUAAGCUUUUCCUGUGUUGCUCCGGAGCAACAGCAGGUUGGACUUCAUGGAAACAUUGACGGUCCAGUCCAGGGAGGGUCUGGGAUACCGAGUCAGGCCCAGACUCUGAGCCACGUCACGGAGCAAUCUACAGUCAGAACCAGUCUAGGAAGUCGUCUGCUGUCAGGUCUUAGAAGACCCAAUCGAAACCUGAAACCAGGACCAUCGGUGACUGACUGUCAGCUGCUGAAGGAACUGGGUCCAGAUAGAGGCCGGAUCGCAACCAUCCAGCACCUUCUGGAUCAGGGGGCGGACCCAUCCUGCUGUGGGAGUGACAGCCGCCACGCCUUGGCGGUCGCCGUGGUGAACAGUCACUACGACGUGCUUCCUGUUUUGAUUCAGCGAGGAGCCGACGUUGACCAACAGUCUGGACCGAUGAGGAACACUGCUCUGCAUGAAGCUGCAGCUAUGGGCUCUGAGGGGCUGCAGAGCGCCAAGCUCCUGCUGAGGUGCAAGGCGAGCGUGAGAAGGAGGAACGCUGCUGGUCAGACAGCAUACGACAUGGCGGUGACCUCCGGCUGCGACGACAUGAUGUCCCUGCUGGCGGCUCAGACAGGACUGGAUUUACUGGGAAGGUCCCAUCAGAACCUGGACAUCAUCUGAGUGAUAUAUGUGACCAAAACCAGUCAGCAGCUCUGAAACGUUUCUGACUGCAGCUCCAGGCCGUUCUGUUUCCAUCCGACUCCCAAGUUCCUCUAAAACAUGUCAUUUUUUACACUUAUAUUGAGAUAAAGUGGGGUUUUCUUACACAGAAC